AUGGUAUCAAGAGAGCUGACGGUUCACCUGAUGUUAAGUGAUACCGGUGCCCAUGGAAAAGGAAGGAGGAAAGACUGUGAUGUCGUGGUGACAAAAGGGUGUGGUGAUUUACGCCCGAGGCGGGUUAGGUGCGCCGCCGUGGGCGAACCAGCGGCCGUCGCCCACGCUACGACCACGCGCCGCAACUCCGGGUACAGUCGCGUGCGUUGUCGCAUACGAGCCGCGGCGUUCGACUUUGUACGUCGCGUCGGUCGGCCGCUAGCCGCGCGGGCGCGGACGGCCUCACGGAAGGUCGACCGCCUCGCCCCCCCCCCCCCCCCCCGCGCCGCUCGCCGCCCCCGCGCGCUACGUGGAAUCCAUGUAGGGGAGCGCGGGGAGCGAGGGGUUCGCCGGAAGCCCGAUAAACGAGCACAUCCGCCGCCGCCCGCGCCGCAAAAUUUGGCACCGCCAGCGCUCGCGCCCGCUUCCGGCCCGCUCCCCCUCCGCCGCUCUCCUGCGAAAAUAGCCGCCGACCGCUCUGUGUACGCGGUUCAUUCAGUAUGGCCGCCUUCCAUUCAUAAAAAGGCGAGGUGCGGGCGGGUGGCGGCGCGGCGGCGGGGCGCGGCUCUCCCGCCGACCCGCUCCCGCACCCGACGCCAGUGCGGAAUGUGCCAGCGAACGAAACGGUCGUUUCGUUGGAGCGUAGCGCUAGCGCUCCCGGUUUUCCAU